CAUUUCCCCCUUUCGUUCCAAUUCCAAUUACUAUUCCCAUUGAUAAUUCUCAAAUCCUGAAUAUAUAUUUAUUUUUUUCUAAAAUGUCCGAUAAACCAUCAGAGAAAUCUCUGAGCAAGGUCCUUUUCGAAGACAUGCAAUUCGAGGAGGGCUCCGACAGUGACAACAGCAGCAGUGAUGUCGACUUGGCCUUGGGAGCUCCAGGUACUCGAAAGCGUACUGAACAGGCCAGUGAGUUCAAUCAGAUUAUGACUGGAAUUCAAGAGCGAAUGGCGCGGGUCAUGAGUCGCGUGAGUUUGAGCUGUACCAUGAUUAAUCAGCUACACCGGGACCUGAAGGCCAAGCUCCCCGGCAAGUUGGGGGAUGAGGACGAGGCCAAGGAAGCGGGUGGUGACGGUGAAUUCCAGAACACCGAUUUCGAUAAUGCUGCCCUGGAGAAGAUAACUGAAGGUCCUUUAACCCUUCAAAUAACCGAGGAGAUCCUUACAGAAGAGGGGGAAGACAUCUAGGGAUGUGAUUUAAGGAUUGACUAAAUAACAAUACCUAUCAUAAUACUACACACAAAAUAAAUGGUUUUCCCUUCUUUAUUGCCAUUAAAGUGGUAAUUCUCAAACUAAAGCUGCGCC